CUCAGCACUGGACUCACGUAAGUGAAAUAUGGGUUUCUAACUCUUUCAUUGCCACAGGGAAGGGGUAGGCAGAGGAACACCGUAGUGUUAGGAAUGGAAACAUUUCAGUUUCUAUUUUUCUACAAAAUGGCAAUAAUUUACAUUGCAGGGAGGGUACAAAUUAAAGGGUUACUGCAUUCAGAACACUUCAUUGAGGUGAAGUUGUCUUGGUGUUUUAGCGGUCCUUUAAAUGUACACUGGUUUACCCUAAAACUGGGCACCUUGGCUUAGUGUCAGUCAUUGUUACAAUCUCUGUCCUUUGCACCUGGCAGUAAGCACAGAGAAAGCAUACCGAGAAGAGCAAAAAAAAAAAACUAAGAUAUUUAUCAAGGCAUUCUGAAAAGCAGUGCUUACAUUCCAUCACUAUUUUGAUAAUCUACAUUUCAGCAGAACAUUAAGUGGGGAAAAAAAAAAAAAGUGUCUGAAAAUAUAAAACAAUGGAGAAAAAGCUACCAAAUUCAUUAAAUUGUGCCAAAAAUUUGUUGGAAAAGUGUUGGCAAUACUUUCAUAAAUCUCCCUCAAUGUUUCUAUUUCUCGUUAUUUGCAAAGUGUGCCAGGAAUGUGAUGUAAUUUACUAAAUAUUUCAUAUAAAUUUUGAAAAACAUAGAGCACAGAACACGUUAAAGGCUAUUUUCAAUGGAGUAAUUUCCGGAGAAUUGAAGUUUCCCCUUUAAUAAUCAUAUAGCAUUUACCAUUCCUCAUCUUGUAUGUAAUUUCACCCAAUAGGACAGUUUAUGUACAUCGCCUCUAAAACAUGCAAAGCUUAUAUAGAACAUUUCUCCUCUAAGGGUGGUGCAGAUUAAAUAGAGCAUGUCUUCUAUAGAGCAAGUGAGGGUUAUGUGUAGCAGUCUCUCUCCCAUACAAACACAUUUCAAAUCCACACUAGGGGGUAGGAGAACACAAAUGCGUUGGGAAUACGUGGUUGUAUUCCUAAUGAUAUCGUGUCCUUUAAACAUUUGAUUUUAUUUUUCACACUUCAUAACUACUUAUUUAUUAAAUUCAAGGGAUAAGCAAACAUAAUUCAUACCUCCCAACAUUUCAAAAUGAGAAAGACAGACAUUUUUAUUUUAGGGAUGUGAGUGGGGGUCUGGCUGGGGAUGGGCUGGUCUCAGAACGUUUAGGUUACUUAAUAAUUUAUGCAACUCAUAUGUUAUUUAGAACAAGAACAAUGCAUCUUAUUUACACAAACUGAUUUCCUAAACACAUUUAUUAUAGUUUAAAAACAUAUUAUUGUGAAUAUUCUUGCUGUGGAGCUCUGUUAUACUGUCAGACACACCAACAAUAUGGAGCUUCUCGAUAAGAUGGACAGAGGGAUUUGAAUCCCCAAAAAAGGGAAUGCCCCUUAUAAAUAGGGACACCUGGGAGGGAUGUAAUAGAGUAUGAGUGUAAGAGUUUGUAAAAUCAUAUAUAGAAUAUACACCCACUUAUAGAUUACAGAAUCAUGUAGUGUGAAUAAUGGAAUUGGGGUGUGUAAUAAUAUAUAGGAAAAUUAAUGUCAGGUGACAUUGUUUAAAUACAGUAUAAAAUAGCAGUACUCCACUGUUAAAAGUCCUAAAUUCACCUGUAGAAAAUAUGUAAAAACAAAACUCACCCAGAACACAAACACAAAAAAAAAUAUCCAAUGAUCAACGGAAUACUACUUAAAGCCUGCACAUAAUGUGCUAUUUUUAACUUUGCAUAAUUGUAUGGUAUAAGUUCAUGGGGGUUAAAUAUAUUGUGUAAUUCUGGUGUAUAUAGCUAUAAAAGCGGAGCAAUGAUAUUUCAUCAGUUUUUGACUGCUCCAAUUUACCAGCAAUUCAUUUGCCUAUGCUAAACAGAAAGUUACCAACAGAGAUGAAAGUGAGCAAUAGGCAUCAUUAGUUACCAGCAGCCUGGAUACCCCUACUUUAACACAGGUGUGCCACUCCACCAGUGAUUAAGUAGAAGUAUUCUCAUGUUCAGUAGUGGAAUGAAAACGUUUCACCAGCGUUAAUGUUCUGUCUCUUCAAAUAUACUAUUAGCUAAAAAUAAUAAUAAUAAUAAUAAUAAUAAUAAAAUAAAUAAAUAAAUAAAAAUAAUACAGAGUAAAUAUAUAUAUAUAUAUAUAUAUAUAUAUAUAUAUAUACACACACACACACACACACACACACAAUGAAAAUGUGUUGUUGUUUUUUUGUUUAAAUCUAAUACCAGAACCAGCAUUUAAUUAACAUGUUAAUGAACAGGAUUAGGCAAAUUAAUACAUGUAAUGCUUUAUAUUAUCGAGGGUUUAAUACUCUCCAUUUUCUUACUUUUAGUUGUAUCUAAUCAUUUAACCCUUUGCUACACACCAUACUUGAUCAACGUUUUUUUAAUAUAAAAAGUUAUACUUACAGUUUGGUAAUGAGUGGCUAGGUAGUUCAGAAGGAGAAGAUCAGCUUCAAACCAUCCCUAGGCUCGAUUCAUACAGUGACUGGCUUCCUGAUGAGCUGUACAUUGCCUCAUUACUGCUCACACCCUUUUACCCACACAGCCCACUAUGUGCAAUGAGAUGUUGUCAGGUCAUUACUCCAGUAAACCCAGCAUUGUGAAAACUAGAGCAGAGGUCAUACAUUGAUUUUUACCAUCAAGCAGCCUGAGAUUGCUGAAAUCUUGCCCUACUGUAUAAGUAGCUUUCACAUGUAUUGCAAAAUCAGCUAAUAAAAAAGAUCAAAGCUUCAUAAAAAAUACACAUAAAUCAUGGAUCUAUUAUAAUAUAUCCAUAAAGGUAACUGAUGUAAUCAUUUAUCACAUAUGACUAAACAGCUGAUAGAAACUAACAAUGGAAUGCAUUCUACAAACACACAGAUGUCUUCCUAGUUACUGUUGCACUGCUGCCAAUGACAGUCAUCAACGUGUGCUACCACUACUUCCGGGUGUAGCAAGAUGGCGCAGUGCACUCACCGGAAGUGAUCUGGGUUAUGCGCUGACUGUGCUGCAGUACCUGCUCAUUGGCGGAGGUAAGACAUAACUUGUCCCUUGUCUUCAUGUAAAAUGUGCUGUAUCUGCCAUUUCCGAACCUUCCAAGAUCCAGCUACCCUUAUUGAAAAGCCAUUUCAUGCAGUCUGAAUGCAUUGCUAUGUGCAGAGACUGCCAUGGUGUUAGAGAGAGGGGCAGAUGGCUGAGUGUGAGUGAGGCUGGCUAUGCAGGCCAUUCAGAAAAAUGAAUUUCCACACUGGAUGCCUUGACAAGUCUGCAAAAUCUAUUUUUAUCAGCUGGGAUGGUCUGUAUAUCACAGCUGCAGCAGGGACUCUAGGAAAGAUUCCAGGUUCUUUUUUAGAAACCCAACGAAUCUUCCUAAAGAUAUCCCAGAUUAUAGCUUUUUUGUGUGUGUUUUCUUGGGGCAUUGAUUUCUCAUACUGCUGACUUCGGUGGAAUGGUAAUUUCUAAAGCUGUGUGUUCGUAGGAAAUGGUGUACAAAUACCCCUGCAGUGCCAAGAUUAUUCAGCUUCAGGAACAGUGGGCUCAAUUUGUCAAUUGCAGCAUUUUUUUUAAAGGCAGAUUUGGAGAUUAACCCCAUUACAUUUUCAUAUUUCUCUAAAUUAUUUCAAAUUACAAAGUCUGAGAAGUCUGGUACUUAUCAAACAGAAAAUGUUAACCUUCACCGAUUUUUUUUAUUUAUAUAUAUAUAUAUAUAUAUAUAUAUACACAUAUUUUUUUAUCAAUAACCAUUUGCAUGCAAAAUAACACACCAUUAAAAUGUAAUUAGCUGGCUCUUUCUGCUAUAUGAAUCGGAUAUAUGAAUAAGAUGAUACAGCUCUCCUGUUAAUGACCCUCACUCUAAAUGUGGCCAUGUAAAGGGUGGUUAAAGGGACAUCAUAAUCACCUAAACAUCUUCAUUUCAAUGAAGCGGCCCUGUUUUUUUUUUUUCAGUUUACCAUGCUGGGUUAACGCUGUCAUUGUGAGUAUUUUGAAAACAUUUUAUCUUUGUAAAAUACUUAGAUUUGACAGAGUUGGAUAGGUCAGCAUAUUGCAUAUUUUGCAAAGCCCCAGGUGGUGACGUCGCUGCUUGGGAUGCAGUGGCCUGAGGGUGUAGCAGCGAGGAGCUGUACUUAUUUGAUGCGGUUCCCUAUGGGCAUCGCCCUCUUUGAUCUUCAGCUACAGAUACUUUAUCCGCCAAGAGCCCACGUCUACUCUCGCACGUACAUGAGAAUACAAUACUGAUGUCAGUGAAGCAGGCUGCAGGGGUCUCCAUAGAUCAUAUCUCACAAUGAGCGAAGCAAUGUCUUAUCCCCACUACCAUUGCUGCCAAUGCCUGUGGGUAGUGACAGGACUUGACAUGGGCAUCCCUGCUUUUUGUCACGGUAAGAUUUUGCCAGAAGAUAAAGAUAUCUUAUAUCUUUUGACUCAAUUGGAAUUUCAAUGAAAUUCCAACAUACCCAUAUAGAUAUUACCUUUAUGAAAUGCUCAGAAUUCGGGCUGCUUUAACCAGGCAAUUUUCUCCCUUUUUCCUCCAAUAUGUGACCUGGUCAGCAGGACAACCUUCCUCUAUUGCUUGUGCUGGUGCAAAAUAAAAUGAAUGAAAACAUAAGAAUUUUUUUUUUUUUUUUAAAAACGUGUCUUUUAGCUCCUAGCAUCAAUUCCAUGUAUUAGACUUAAAGGGACACUGUAGGCACCCAGACCACUUUGACUCAUUGAAGUGGUCUGGGUGCAAAGUCCCAUCACCCUUAACUCUGAGCAUGUUUUUUAUGAACUGCAAUAAUUACCUACUAGGGUUAACUCCUCCUCCAGUGGCGGCUUUUGGUCGCCUAAACAGCACUUUACGUUCUCACUCUAUUCAUGAAUACUUCCAGCGUCACCGGAAUCCCCAUAGGAAAGCACUGAAUAAUGCUUUCCUAUGGGGAAAUUCUAAUGCAAGUGCGGCCAUUGCCGCACAUGCGCAUUAGGUUUCCCCCAGUCGGCAGGGGAGGAACGUGGGCGGAACUGAGCCAACGCCGAGGAACAUUGGUGCAGGACCCAGGUUAGUGACAGAAGGGGUGGGCAUUGACAGAGGGGGAAGCUAUGGUGCCAAGAAAACUAGUUUUUAUGGCACUAUAGUUUCCCUUUAAAGGGACACUAUAGCGGGGCUUGACAAAUUUGCUUUGAAUCUAGGAGCCAGCUAAAAACGUUAGGAGACAGUUUCUCACCAGAACCACUACAGCUUAAUGUAGAAGCUCUGGUGUCUAUAGCCUGUCCCUGCAGGAUUUUCAAUGUAAGAACUGACUUUUCAUUGUGCAUGGUAACAUCUCUAGGUGCAGUAACUCAGACGGCCACUAAAGUGUCUCCCAUCUCAGUGCAGCACCUACAUUCACUGUCUCCUUGCUGUGCAUGGAGGCACUGAACGUUCCCCAUAGAGAUGCAUUUUGGCGCAUAUGCUCAAUAGCUUCCCAAUGCAUUCCUAUGAUGGGGGGAAAAAAACACAAUUACUAUGCGAUCAGAGGUGGGCUGUUGACCUAAACAUACGCAUUCACAGAUAGACACAUACUCACUGACAAACAUACACACACUCACUGACAUGCACACAUUCUCUCACACAUUGAGAGUAUUCUGUGUUUUUUUUUUUAAAUUUGAUACACACACAAAGAUUUCUAGCUACAUACAUACAUACACACACACAUAAAUAACUCUAUCAAAAUAAAACAUUUUCAGGUCAAAGACAACUGGGGUCUACUGUAGGUACUAUAACCAGUUUAGUUAGAUUGUUGUCAUAGUGAGUGCAGUGUUCCUUUAAUAGGUGAAACUGGUGAAUAAGCAGAUAUCAACGAUUCUGCAGGUCCUACCAGCCUAUUGAAACCCCUUUUCACAGUUUAGUGGAUGUUGCUUUAAAGAGUUGGCCCUUACGAUUUUCUAUGCAAAACAGCCAGACAGGGGUGAUCAGGGCUCGUACAACCAAAAUGAGGGACAAGUGCCUAGAGGCAUAAUGAAAGACUCAACUAGCAGAGCGUCAUGGGACACAAGGGCCAAGAGGCACAAGGAGAGAUACACCUUUCUUGAAAGGGACACUCCAGACCCCUAAAGGACUACAACUUGCUCUUUUUUAAAUUUUUACAAUAAGUGCAGAUUUCAUUAGAAUUUGGCACUUUAAUAAAUUAUCAUUCUUACACUCCCUCUACACCCCAGCUAUCAAUCGGACAGUUAGUCCUGUUACUUCCUGGUUUGGUUAGCUCAGUGUAGCUAAACUCAAGAGGCAGCAAUUGCUGAGAGCACCUGCCUUGCAAAGACUUUUUACUGAGCUGCAUUGGGAAGUCUGUGAUUGGACAGACACAGAAAGUCUGGGAGGGUCUGCAAAGGCUGCAGACAAGAGGUAUGCAGCUUUUACAAACUGUUUUAGAUAUGUUUUCAUUGUGGGUAUAUCUACUAAACAGUGAUUGUUUUAUAUAUAUAUUUAUAUAUAUAUAUUUGUGUUAAGGGCUCAUGAUAGUACAGAAGAUACAAACACUGAUAAGUAUGGGAUAGUGUGAAAGAGCAAGUCGGUUGUGGUGUGCCGGAACCGACGAUGAGGUAGGCCUGUAAAUAAAGAGGGCCCACCAAUAAGAAAUGUAUGAGAAAAAGGAGUUAAUAAAAAGGAGUGGGUGGGAGGGUGAUGCAGCGCUGACCUCGAACGGUAUGGAGCCAGGUAAGGGGUGUCCCUUAAGUAGGGAGAAGGUGAGUCAUACGCCCCUCCCACAAUUACAGGCCAAAAGGCCUUAAUACUUGUGUUAAGGGCUCAUGAUAGUACAGAAGAUACAAACACUGAUAAGUAUGGGAUAGUGUGAAAGAGCAAGUCGGUUGUGGUGUGCCGGAACCGACGAUGAGGUAGGCCUGUAAAUAAAGAGGGCAAAAAGUAGAAAAUAUACUUUAUUACGAAACGAGCAGUAUACAUACUUCAACCAGACAUAUCUUGAAAGGCAUUUCUAACUUCUUGUACCGGGUUAGGUAUGUAUCUAGAGUAUGCAGAAGACUUCCAGCGCCCUAGUGACUUGAUAACAUGUACUGGAAUGUUUGCACUGGACGCUGUGGAGGCCGCCCCUAUGCGGAAGGAGUGGCCCGAAUAGUUAGCUGAUUUUAGUCCUAGUUGUGUAAGUAGGGACCUGACGUGGGUCAUGAAGGUGGUGGUAGUGAGUACCGAACCUUGUAGACAGAAAAGUGGUUGAGAUGGUGAUGCUUUGAAAUGCUGAGUAUAGGUGUCCAGUAAUGUGACGGGGCACCACACGUUGUGGGUAGGAUAGUAUCUAACCUCUACCGGGGGUGCGUGUUGAUUGGUUUUGGAGUGAUGCAGAGUUAAAAUAUAGUAAUCCAUGUGUUUCGUUAAGUGUGAAUGAAGCAGAAUGUGAGUGGACUGGGAUGUGUUGAUGGCGGUAAAUUCUCUUGGUCUCAAGAAACCAUAAAAAGCUACGUAUAUGGCGGUUUUUAUAACAAGGUUUGUGUUGUUCGCAAAGGGUUUUGAAUCUAGUAGGCUGGAUAAAUCCUUGAAGAUAUUGAAGUCUAUAGGUAGCCUUUGCGCGGUACGUGGGGGUUCGGAUCUCUGGAUACCUCUAAGGAUGUUUUUAUCUGGUAGGAGGACAUGAAACUUGUGUUGUUUGGUUGUAAUGUUAGCAUGUGAUGUUGUAUGCCUGUCAGAUAUAGCUUGAUUGUGUUGUAAGAUAAUUUAAGUUUGAGGUGGCAAAAAGAAGCAAAACCUAACAAAGAUGUCAUGAUGAAAGGUUGUGUGACGUUGUGCAGUGACAGGAAUCUUUUAAAUAGAAGGAAAGCCCUGUCAUAUGUUCUCCGGGUAUUGGUGGACAGUGCUAAUUGUGCCAAUGUCCUGCUAUGUUGCAUAAUAGCUUCUAGUCCAUGACUAGCUGGUGGAAAGGUGGAGUGGUCGUGGCUGUACGUGCGGCUGACGGAAGUAUUUGCCGAAAAGCCUGAAAAUUGAAACGAGACAAAUUGUCAGCAGCCGUGUUACAAACACCUGGGACAUGGACACAAAACAAGAAGAAGUUAUGGCAUGCAGCCAGCCAGGUGAGUUUCCUCAAGAACCUCAUAAUGGUCAGUGACUUGGAUCGGCCUUUGUUUAUGAUGUGGCAGGUAGCUUGGUUGUCUGAGUGGCAACGUACUGACGAACCUGCCCAUAGAUGCCCCCAUGUCACGGCAGCUGCCACAAUGGGAUACAUCUCAAAUAGAGCUGAGGUAGUGGAAAAACCUUCCAGGUCCUGUACCUCUGGAGGCCAGCUACCCCAAAGCCAUUCAUUCCCGUAAAUUGCUGCAAAACCUGUGGUAGACGCCGCGUCUGACCAGAUGGUAGGUGAGGAGUCAGACAAUUUAGGGAGAAACAUGCUUUUCCCAUUCCAGGUGGUCAAAAAGUUUCUCCACAUAAGUAGGUCUGCCGUGGCUUGGGUAUCCAGUGGUAACCUGUGUGCAUCAUGUCUAAACAGUGGGAACAUGGUUAGGAGCCGUGAGAUGAAAGCCCGGCCUUGAGGUAUAAUGCGCAUGGCAAAGUUCAGUGACCCAAGUAGAGACUGCAAUUCUUUGCGAUUGCAAGUACCGAGGUGUAUGUAGAGGUUAAUGUUGGUGAGAAUGUUCUCUAUCUUGGUGCGUGGCAGGCUGGCUUGCAUGGUGGCUGAGUCUAGCAUGAUUCCCAGAAAGGUGAUGACUGUAUCUGGUCCUUCAGUUUUGGUGGGGGAGACUGGAACACCCACCUGUUUAAAAAGACUGAUGGUUGCUAUGAGGCUACUGGGAGGGGAAGUGUUCUCUUCGAUCAGUAAGAAAUCAUCCAGGUAGUGUAUAACUGUAGGGCAUCUGGCUACAUUUAAUAAUAACCAGCAUAAUGUUUCGGCGAAUACGUCGAAAAUGGCCGGACUACUUUUUGAACCAAACGUUAGGCGUGAGAAAAAGUAGUAGUGCCCGGCCCACUUAAUGCCAUGCAGGUGCCAUAGUGUAGGGUGGAUAGGCAAUAAUUUGAAGGCAUUUGUAAUGUCAGUCUUGCUGAGCCAUGCUCCGACCCCUGCCUGCAUGAUAGCUGUAAUGGCGUGAUCUAUGGUGGAGUAUUGAAGUGAAAAUUCCUCAGAGGGGAUAAGGGAGUUCAGACUAGGUGAGGCAGAGGUGUGAGGUGCAGACAGAUCGAUGAUAAGUCUUUGUUUGUGGGAAGAUUUCCCUGUGACAAUACCGAUGGGGUUUGUCCGCCAUGUGGAAAAAGGAGGGGACUGAAAGGGUCCCAAUAGGAAGCCCUCUGCCACUUCUUUGGCUAUGAGUGUGCUAACCGCUGUAGGGUUUUGUUGUGCAGAUUGUAAAUUAGGACAUUCAAGGAUUCCUGAAGGCAUGUGUAUGAGACCAGUAUGGAAUCCUUGUGAUAGACCAGUGAUGAUGAAGUCUACCAAAUGUCUAGAUGGAUGUCGUGACAGUAAUGCCGUGAGUACAGAAAUAUUUAUCUCAGUUAAGUAUUGCUUAGGGUACAUUUUAUUUGGACACAUGGUUUUCGCAUGUGCCCUAAAACAUUUUGAACAUAUAUGCAAUAACCGACAACCGCUGUAAUUACAUGCACCGACAUUGAAAUUAUUACAUAUUUGGGACUUCCCCAAAAACUUGAUAGGUCGACCCAGUUUGUCUUUGGGUGUUCUCUCUGCUGACACAGCGGAGCUAGUGCCCUGCGAGGUGGUAGGUUCGUUCGCAGUGGUCGGACAAAAAUUGGCAGUAUGAGCCAUGGAGGAGCAGUGUGCACAGGCCGGUGCUCUUAGACCUGCAAAGUGCCUGCAAAAAAUGAUCGUAUCAAUCUUACUCCAGUUGGACCUUGUCCCGUACUGUGAGAAGGCGCCAGACACUUUGGCAGAAAAAGAUCUAUGGUAGUCAUAGAAAGCUGACCCACCAUAUUUGUUGCCCAGAUCAACCAGCCUGUGCAUAUAUAAGUCAAACUCCUCACGUCUGUGGGGAUAUACCGUACAGACCACAUCCCGAUAAAUGCCAAAAGCUAAUACAAAUUCAGGAAUGGUUAGCUUCCUAUUUAAUCGUGCAUCCCUGGAUUUGACCACCACAGAAAUAUCGUCAUAAGCGUAGGUCUUAUGUUCCACUAUAUCCUGGGAGGCAAUUAGUAGUGAGGCCAGAUUGACAUCUUUACCUUCCAGGAUAUCUCUCCUGAGGUGCUCAGGAAUCAUGUGGGCAGGGUAAACUUCUUGGUCAUCCGAGGUGAUAGCUGGAGAAACUGAUUGCGACUCCACCACUGAUGGGGGAAUUGCCGUGGCCGGUCCAGCCAUAGUGAGGGCUGUAGUGACCGAUUCAAGUUUCUCCAGCCUAGAAUUGACCUUGCUCAUGGAUGUCAUGAGGGACGUGAGCAUGUCAUGUAUGUUCCCUGGGUGGGACUGGCUCGACCCUUCCCCAGCGUCCAUGUUAUCAGUUGAGGUGUGUAAUAAUUUGUAAAGUUCCGCUUUCCUUGCUGUUGCUGGAAAAGGGAUUUGUCGUCUCCUGAGUUCGCUAGUGAUACGAGGGAUAGUCCAUGAUCUGAAAGAUGCUGGACUAGCCGUAUCUUCCUCCUGUGAUGGGGUGUUGGUUCUAGCCGGAGUCUUUGGGAUGGAGAAAUCCUCUACCCCUUCUUGAGACAUACUAGAUUACAAAAGUAUAUGGUUAGCAUAAAACCCCCCGAGGGGAUGUACUGGCAGGCUAAUUAUGCCGGAUAGGCGAAAAAUUAAAACUUGUUCUUUGGUGACAGGUGAGGCCCUGCUAGUUGCCAAGUGGCUAUGAGAGGCUCUAUCUAUGCGUUGGCGCUAGGGGUUAUUGAGGCCACCCGACGUAGUGGCAGGAAAUCGUAGGCCUCUCGGUGACAAUACAAGAAAACAGGGGAAGGGAGUGACAGGUGGCACCCUCUCUAUAAUGCGAGGCGGCUAACUCACGUGUGGCCCGGGGGGCAUUACCUCCGAAACGUUGAGGCGGGGUGUUGGCCUCGCGGACCACUAAACGAUAGGCAAAAUGCCCGGAGGGGGGAUACCUAUUUGGGUCUAUAACCCCUAAAAUUGCCAGUACUCUAUGUCCUAAGUAGAGGAGGAACCAUAUGUGAUGUAUGGCGUGAGCAGGCUUAACGUACCUGGUAGUAUGUAUGCGUUUGAUAAGCGAUAGGUAGAGAAAACUGGAAAAAUCCUAAAGGGAUAGAAAACCAAAUAUGAUAGUGUGAGAAUUGGAUCCUAUGAUACCAAUUUAGACUAGUUAUAUGUGAUGAGUUCUAGUAGUACAUAUGGAAAGGGAAUACAUGAAUGAUAUUGGCCCGACUGGCCCUGUAUGUGGUAUGGUAAUCAUGCUUGGGGGUGUGUAUGAUAUGUCUCUGGUGACCAGAUUAAUGCGUAUGAUAUAGUAAUGCUAGUGUUUGUGGUAUAAUAAGGUGCAGGAUUUAAAACAAUACCGUAUAUGUUAGGCCGUAAACGUAAGCCAUGAAAAGAGGUAAGUACGAGGUACAGAAAUAUUUGAGAAGUUAUCCCAAAAUUUGGAAACAACGUGACGUAUGAGUGGUUGAAUCAAGACGUGUGAUUCAACCCGAGAGUUUGUGAGAUUUGUGAGACCGUGUUCUUGUGUACUUGGUAUGUCGUUUGAGUACACAAAGAAAAAGUCAGAAUAUAUAAGUGCCAUGUAAGAAACGUGAGUACAUGGUAUGAUAGAAACGUAAUUUCUAAACAUAAUUUAUAACGUAAAUCCUACAAGCGACAUCUGUAAAAUGUAAAGGCUUGUCUAAGCUUAACUCCAUAAAUAUAUGUAUAUAACAUGAAGAAUUUCAAUAAAACUUUAAUAAUGCCAUAUCUGCUAAGAUUAAACCAUAACCUAAAUAAAUACUUAUUCAUAAGUAGUUAACAGGGGUAUUGCCCCAGUCAUAUGCAAGGAUUUCGUAAUUUGCAUAAAAUAAAUAACAGUAAAUGACAUGAAACCAAUUAUAGCUGAUGAUAUGCAGAACAAAUUUGCUUAAUACAAAGAAAAACCGAAACCGAUAUGCCUGCCGGCAGCAAAGGGGUUAAUAUGCCUGUGACUUGGCCGUAAAGCGUGUGGCCGUAAAGUAAGGCCGUUUUAAAUCGCGACGCCGUGGGAAAUGAUCCGGGCGACGGACUUACGAUUUUGAAGUCCUGUGGACUUAAUCUGCGACGAAAACACCGGGUAUGUGCGUGGCUGAACGGGCGGAAAACCUGUAAGGAUUCCUGGACACAGCUACACCAAACGAAAACCGCGGGUUUUUGAAAAGCAAGAUGGCGCCGUACGUGAACCGGAAGUGGAUUCUCGAUGCAGCGCUGACCUCGAACGGUAUGGAGCCAGGUAAGGGGUGUCCCUUAAGUAGGGAGAAGGUGAGUCAUACGCCCCUCCCACAAUUACAGGCCAAAAGGCCUUAAUACAUAUGCAAAUCCACCUGUCCCGCAUUCACAGUUCCCGGUAUUGUUUUUGCCUUGGUGAAAUCCCCGGGUUAAAUAUGUACAAUAUCUUGAUGGGAGAGCACUCAAAGGACUCAAAAUGUAUUUCAAAUAGUGCUUUUUAUUUUAGCAUCAAAUCUUUGGAUACAGAGUGUCGACGUUUCAGUCCCACUGGACUUUUAUCAAGACUUAAUAAAAGUCCAGUAGGACUGAAACGUCGAAACUCUGUAUCCAAAGAUUUGAUGCUAAAAUAAAAAGCACUAUUUGAAAUACAUUUUGAGUGAGUGCUCUCCAUCAAGAUAUCGUGUGUGUGUGUGUGUGUAUAUAUAUAUAUAUAUAUAUAUAUAUAUAUAUAUAUAUAUAUAUAUAUAUAUAUAUAUAUAUACACACACACACACACAUAGUCAGUGGGUGUCCCUUUAACAAGAUCCUUUAAGUCAACAUAUUGCCAGGUGCACAGUUAUUGUGUAUAACAGUGGCAGUAGCUAACUGCUACUUUUUUAUUUAUUUUUUAUAAAUCUUUAUUUUUGUUGUGCUUAACAGCUACAGACACUGACACACAUACACAUACUGGCACAUACAUACACACUCAGAUACACACACUGCCACAUACAUGCACACUGACAGACUGACACAGAUACACACAUUGACACUCAGAUACACACACUGGUACAUAAACAUUGACACUGACCAAUACACACAUUCACACUCAGGUUAACACCCUGGCCCACAGAUACACACACAGGUCAUUAUAUUUAUAUUUGCAGUCACCCUCCGUUAAGUUACCUUUUAUCUGCAGGAGGGUGACUUGCUUGGAGUGCUGCUGGGUGUUGGAGUGGUGGGUGUUUGGGUGUUGGAUGCUGGUUGCUGGAGUGGUUAUUGAAGUGCUAAAUGUUGGGUGUUGGAGUGCUGCUGCUGGGUGUUGGAGUGCUGCUGCGGGGUGCUGGAGUGCUGCUGGCUACUGCUCUUUCCCUUCCCCUGCCUUCUCUCUGUCCCGCUUGGCACGCUCCAAGUCUGGGAGGAAGUGACACUCUUUCAGCUCCUCCCAACAUCCAAUAAUACAGGGGCCCGGUCAGAUGCCACGGCCAUUUAAGACCGUGACCGGGCCCCUGUAUUUCAGGGAAACCGUUCAGAUGGGCCAGCCGAUCAGCAAAUUGCUGUGGAACCCCAAUUUUGUUCUCGCUGAACCCUAGUGCUAGACUACCAUGUCCAUUCUUUGGUUAUUAACAAUAUUUGCAGUCCUGCUAGGUUAACUGGAUAUGAAAAGUGCUAAAUAAAGGAAAUUGCAGAUUUUUUUUAAAGUAAUGUAAGCAACAUCUUAGUUAUGUCUAUUCACCAACAUAUCAUGAAAAGCAUAGUGUUGUUAAUAUACUGCACAUAGCAGUCACUAGAUAGACAUAUAUGAUUGCAUUAAACAGAUGAGAAUUUUUUUUUUUAAAGGUAGACAACAGUGGGUUAAUGGUAAAGAUGUCACUGGUGGGUGGUCAGGUGACCCAAUUUAACUGAGACAUACCGUAGGAGGCAUGCAUCUAACGAAAGUUUGACUUAAAGGGCACUAUAGUGCCAGGAAAACAUACUUGUUUUCCUGGCACUAUAGUGCCCUGAGGGUGCCCCCACCCUCAGGGUCCCCCUCCCGCCGGGCUCUGGGGAGAGGAAGGGGUUAAAAUCUUACCUUUCUCCAGCGCCGGGCGGGGAGCUCUCUUCCUCCUCUCCGCCUCCUCUUCGGCUGAAUGCGCAUGCGCGGCAGGAGCUGCGCGCGCAUUCAGCCAGUCUCAUAGGAAAGCAUUCAUAAUGCUUUCCUAUGGACGCUUGCGUCUUCACACUGUGAUUUUCACAGUGAGAAGCACGCAAAUGCCUCUAGCGGCUGUCAAUGAGGCAGCCACUAGAGGCUUUAGAGGCUGGAUUAACCUAUUUAUAAACAUAGCAGUUCCUCUGAAACUGCUAUGUUUAUAAAAAAAAAAAAAGGGUUAACCCUAGCUGGACCAGGCACUCAGACCACUUCAUUAAGCUGAAGUGGCCUGGGUGCCUAUAGUGGUCGUUUAAGUGAGACGUCACAACUGCUAAAUUUUAAUAUAUGGUAUACUUCGCAUAUCUAGCACUAGCUAACUUAACACUAGAUAAACAAAUAAGAACUAUCGUUAUGAUCAACAAUCAUUCCUUCUGUUCAUUUUUAAAGGUUUGACUGUUAUCCAUGGCGUCCCGUGCAGGUCCCCGAGCAUCUGGUACAGAUGGAAGUGACUAUCAGCAUCGAGAAAGGGUAGCUGGUCACUACCAAAUGAGGUAAGAAUGUAAUGUGAUGCAACAUCUAUACAGAGUAUUCCAUAUGUAAUUGGACAGUCAAAUAUGUGAACUACCAACAUUUUUAUUUGAUUUAAAUCCAUAAAUUAUGAACUUGGUAGGAACAACAAACCCUUUUUAUACAUUUUCCCUCUAAUUAAGGCAACUAAAUAUUGUUACUGUCUCCCAUGCUCCUGGCAUUGAGUUAAGUAGAUUUCACCGGUUAUUGAGUAUAUUUUUGGUGAUGCUGUGAAACGCCUUUUCAGCUCCUGGUUUGCUGAUAUGUUUGCUCCAAGGUUAAAGGAUCACUAUAGGGUCAGGAAUACAAACAUGUAUUCCUGACCCUACAGUGUUAAAACCACGAUCUAGCCCCCCUGGGCCCCUCAUGCCUCCAUAAAUAUCGCAAAAUCUUACUGUAUUCAAGCCUGAAGCUGUAGAUCUGCAUGCUGUUUGCAUCAGAAAAACAAGCUGUCUGCUGACAUCAUCAGAAGUGAUGGCCUGAUCCAAUCACAAUGCCUCCCCAUAGGAUUGGCUGAGACUGACAAGAAGGCAGAUCAGGGGCAGAGCCAGCAUUAUUCAAACACAGCCCUGGAAAUGAAUUGAAUCCAUGCAUCUCUAUGAGGAAAGUUCAGUGUCUGCAUGCAGAGGGAGGAGAUACUGAAUGUUUGGAUGCAUUUUAGGCAGCCAUGACCCAGGAAGGAUCUCUAACAGCUAUCUGGGGAGUGGCCAGUGAAGUUAUCACUAGGCUGUAAUGUAAACACUGCAUUUUCUCUGAAAAUACAGUGUUUACAGAAAAAAGCCUGAAGGUAAUGAUUCUACUCACCAGAACAAAUUCAAUAAGAUGUAGUUGUUCUGGUGACUAUCGUGUCCCUUUAAUGCGCACAUUAAAACUGACAGGCGGCAGCUUCUCCUCAUAGACAGUAUUUAAUUUCUAAAGAUAACAUGCUGGCGUAUGGAUCCUAAAACAACAUUUGUCAGAAAACAAACAUGUCUGGCCUGCACUGCAUGUGUGUUCAUUAUAAAACAUAAUUCUAAAACUGGGUAUACUUUUAAACAAUGUACAUUGUACAGAGCUGAAUGGGAGAACGUAUCGAUCUCAACAUGGUAGCCACAGGAUUGUAAUAGCUAUUUGGUUCACCACAAUUCAAUCGUGUUUUAAUCAUAAAUAUCAGUCACUAGGAUUGUAUAAUAAUUACUCUUUAAUGUUAUUUUUUUUCCAGUGUGUCACUGAAGUCAGAAAUCAAGAAACUCAUCUAUGCCCACCUGCUGAUUUGGAUGCUGAUUGCUGCUCAGAUCACCGUCGCUCAUCUGAAACUGGUGCCACAUGAUCUAGUGGCUAUGCCCUACCAGUGGGAGUACCCAUACUUGCUAAGUCUUGCACCCUCGCUCUUUGGUUUAUUCUCCUUCCCCCGUAAUAACAUUAGCUACCUGGUGAUUUCCAUGAUCAGCACCGGCUUGUUUUCCAUUGCUCCCCUCAUCUAUGGCAGCAUGGAGAUGUUCCCAAUGGCCCAACAGCUGUACCGGCAUGGCAAAGCUUACCGAUUCAUUUUUGGUUUCUCUGCAGUGUCUGUUUUGUACCUAGUCAUGGUGGUGGCCGUGCAGGUUCACGCCUGGCAAAUUUACUACAGCAAGAAACUCCUGGACUCUUGGUUCACCAGCACUCAGGAGAAAAAGAAAAAAUAACCAGCCUUGCCAGACAGUAAUAAACUUGAAGCCACUUGCGCAUCCUACACAUAUAUAUUGGGGAAGGUUAUAGAAAAGGGAAUAUUGCAGAAGAACUCCUUUUUUUUUUUUCCUCUCCAAAAUUGCAAAUCAUUAGAGAAUUGUUUUGUCUCAGGGGUGGGACUUGCAAUGGAUUAUGGGAAUUGUUCAAAAACUGCAAGAGGGCAAAUUUGGACAUCUAUAGUUUAGUUGUUGAAGACCAUAUGGGUAUCAAUGUCAUUCUUUGCCAAUGCACAAUUUUGAUUUGAUUUUUCUUUUUUUAUGCUGCUGAGGGUACAUUUAGUGUAAACACAGCUUUUGCCAGGUGUCUUUAUUUUUUUUAGCAGCAUUUUAUAUUUCUUGUUAUCUGUGAAUUUGCUUGAGUUCCUUUUAACGGUUUAAAAGCACAUUUUUACUUUUGUUAAUACAACAAGCUUUCCCGGUUUUCAAUUUAUGUGAUCCACUAAACUAGCAAAUGAUUCUUCCUGAUUUGGAUGUAUAUCUUUUAUGUGUUGUGUCUUACAUACUAGAGGUGAAAUUUGCAGGACAACUGGGGUUAUUACUUACAUCACCACUAGAUGACAGUGUAACUGACUUAUGAAUUUUAUUUCGUAGAAAGCUGAUAUUAACCUCACACUCCAGAGUGUUCUCAGGGUGCAGUGCAAGAAUCUCUUUCAUUCUUUUAAACAAAUCUCAUUGUUGUCCUUUCUCCGGUGUAAUAUGUUUAUUGAUUUCCCCCUCUUUUUCUCUGCUUUAGUUUAUAAGGGUUUAUUCACUAAACUCCGAAGUUUAGACAGUUGAAAUAUGAAUGGUAAAAUGUAGUUAUGUUAAAAUUCUCCAACUUUGGUAUAAUCACAGCCUUUCUUUGCUUUCCCUGUCUCCAGCAGCCUGGUGUAACUUCUGUCUCUCCACAAAUGUAUUUUGUCAACUUUUCCUUCUCACAGUCUCUAAAAUUUUCCUCACAUUCCUUCUCCAGCUCCUUUCCUGUCAAAUGACUAAAACUCAAUGUGUACAGACUGUAUCCAAAUGAGGUAGAUGCUUGAAGGAGAAGGAUUCGGAAAAUGUUUGAAGAAAAAAAAACAACAAAGAUUGAUAAUGUGCUGUAAGGAAAGACCAACUGAUUUGGGGAGACUUUAGGGAAAAAAUACAUACUGGGGAGAAUUGCAAUCUUGGGAGAAUCUUGUGAAAAUAGCAGACAUGUUGGAGAGAACAUUGGGGGAAAAAAAGACAGGGGAAAUCAUCGAAAAAUAAAAGUAAGAAAGGUGAGAUACAUGGAGAGAGAAGAUCUUGGGGAAAAAACAAACUUGGCUACGUGAGGGAAACUACAGAUUGAGGAGACAUUAACCCCUUAAGGACACAUGACAUGUCAUGAUUCCCUUUUAUUCCAGUAGUUUGGUCCUUUAAGGGGGGCACAGACUUAAGACAUGCUUCAGUGAAAAAAAGACACAAGUCGCCUAAGGCGAAAAAAAAAAAAAAUGGGUUGAGAGGCAAAUUGGGAAGAUGCUUGGAGGAAAAAGGACUAACUAAAAAUACAUUAUAUUACAGGAUUGUUAACACAUGCUGGUUCUGGACUGGGGAGGAAAAGUCUGAAAGAUUCAAAUUAUUUUUGAAGACUAUAGGUCACCUUCUGUAAAAUAAUGUCAAAUGAGUGUGUUGGAUUCCCUUUCUCCUCUGAUCACCCCAUCAUCUUCUCAUUGAUAAGGAAGAACGUAUGUUAAUGAGAGUGGAAAGUAAAAAAGAUAAAUACAAAUCCAAUUAUUGUGUGAAAUACAGUGAUUUUUGCCGAUGGUAUAGACUUCAUCGUGUCUGUCUCUACUACUUUCAGUGAUGUGAAACCCUAGCCAGUCUUAAAGGCAUCCGGUCAAUGAGGUAUUCACUGAGGAAGACACUGGUAUUUCGUCUUUUUCUUAUAUCUUUGGCAUUGUGGUGACAUUUCAAUGAAAGUCUAAUACAGUCAUCAUGAGUAUUUCAUAACGAAAUAAGAAUAGAAACUUUAAAGUUGCCCACAGGGGUUCUCUCCAACCAUCUGGAGAAGGGAUGAGAUUUACCAGCAGCAUAUUUCAAGUGAACUACUG